UGUUAAUCUUAGUGUAAAGAUGUUCUUUCACAUUAUUUCAAGUUUGAUUUAUGUUUGUGCACAAACUUUUCCCAAUUUACAUUUAAUAGAAUACGUUCUUGAUCCAACAAGGUAUAGGUUCCCUGAUUGAAUAUAUAAUAUUAGCUAUUAAUGUUAGGAUACAAUCAUAGACAUUUCUUUGUUUGCUUAAAACCCAAAAUUUUGAUCGUCUGUUGGAUGCAAAUAAACUACCCAUAGGCACAAGAGUGCUUUAGUGUUUGUUUUUCUGGUUUUCUUCUCUCUCCCUUUCACUUACAGAUAAGACUGGAGAAAGAUGUGAUCUAAGAGGUGCAUGAUGGCAGUUCAAUUAUAAUAUUUAAAAUGGUGUAAAGGAUAGUGAGUAGGACUCAUAAAAUUGUAUGCAAGGAAGAAGAGAGAAUCAAGUGCAUGUUUUGACAUGAAAAUGACUUACAUUGUAGCCAAUCCUAACAUUUAUCUUUGAGUUCUCUUACAGUAGCACUUAGUGGGAGCAUCUACACAUUCAUUAAUGCACUGUCAUUACAGUGCAUUAAGUUUAGUACCUGUAAUAGGUACUAAUUUAAUGUGCUGUUAUCAGUGCUACUUUGCAUUAGCACAGAUAAAUGCUGUGUGUGUGAUGCUUAAUGCAUACUGGACUAGAUCUACUGUGCAGUAAUGCAUUAGCAUGGUUCUUGCCAGCCACGCUAAUGCUCAGUAGAAUUAAUCCAAUGUGUAUUAAGCAUCUUAUGUAGACACACCCACUAAGUCUUGUAAAAGCCUUAAGCAUGAGCAGGACUUUGAGAGGCCUUAGCAAUAUGGGGCUGGAAGAGACUUUCUGGGUGAACAAAUACAACUGUUAGCAUCACAGCCACCAUGUCAUAUCAUCUCUUUAAUAAAUUAUCAAACUGCAUCUCAAAAACAGUUGUUUUUUGUCCAUCGCUCCCUUUGAAAGUCUGUUCCGAAACUCAUUAUUAUGAAGCUUCUACUUUCCAAACUAAAUUUCUUCAUGCUAGGUAUCUAAAGGGUAUAAGCUUAAAUCCAAAACCGGGAUCCAUGAACACUGGAUUAGUCAUAGCAGACUAACCAAUCUCUAAGUGCCUACAUUGUUAGCACCACUGUCCACCAGAUAGUGCUUAGGGGUCAUUAAAGCACAAUUAACCCUUAAAUGGAAUGUAAAAUAUGAAUGAAAACAACUCUUUGUCCUAAAAUCAAAGUGUCACUUAAAUUCAGACAACUCGCUGUCUUAAAAUUCAACAGCUUGGACAACUCGUGUCCUAAAUUAAAAUGCAGACAACUCAAUGUCUUAAAUUUGAAGAACUCGUGUCCUAAAAUCAAAGUUUUACUUUAUAAGUAGAACAAGUAUUAUCUUACCAGUUUCUAUAUUGAGAGCGAGAGAAAAAACAUUCAGUACAACAAUCUGACCCAAUCCCAGAUUUUACUUUGCUCAGCAGAAAAGACGGCCACUCAGGUCCUGGAAGCAAAGGGUAUGUUGUGGGCUGGGAGAGUCCAGACAGGUGUUGAAGGCUGGAUUUAUGAUGAUGAUGAUGAACUUUCUUGCUCCUCCCUUUUAUGCUUUUCUUCAACUUCACUCCUCUGAUGACUCUUUGCUUUCAGAUUGGUCUCUCUGCAGUCAGCAUACUGUCCAUCUUUUAUCCCAUCAGCAUAUUCCUUUGUCUAACAGAUCCAAUACAAGCACACCUCUUAAUUUGGCCUUUUUCCAGCGUCUUACUUUGGGCAUUGUCCAUUGGUUUUCCUUAUCACGUUUCAUUAAUAUAUCCAGUUCUUUCAUCCUCUGAUUCAGCUGGUUAGUGCCAAGUUUAGUUGAUUGGAGCUGCUAACAAGGCCAUUUCUAUGUUAUGUUAAAGAAUUUCUCACAGUCAUAAAAAAAUAAGAUAUAACAGAAUGAGCACGUAUGAGCUCUACAAAAACAAUUCAAAGCCAACUAAUAAUAAAAAACAAAAAGUUAAUAAGGACAAAACUUAAGCAAAGAUUGAAUAAGGCUAAAAUAUAAACAAUACUAUAAGCAGGUGCAACUUCAAAGCAUUAAACAUAACAAGCUAUCCUAACACCAUUUUUGACCCAAAAGUUCCUUCGGCACUUACAGUUCUGCUUCCAGACAUGUGAACUACUGCACCAAUCCAAGCAGCUAGACAUCUAUUUCCUGCCUAAACCCAGGAACUAGACGGUGCAGUACCCAGGCUGUAUGAGAGGCCCAGUCUAGCAGGCAAGAUCUGAACACACCAACACAUGCUGACAGGAUCAGAACCUCAGAAAAUGCUUUCUUCUUAAAACUGAGGGUGGUUUGCUACUUACCUUUAAAUGUAACAGCCCAUUGGGUAAAGCACUAAAUCAGGAAGUAGAAGGAGAAUGCUUGGUUUCUAUACCUUCCUUAACCAGAUGGUGUUUUUAAAUACACAUCUUCCAGUUCCCAGGACAAUGCUGGAACUAGCAGGCAAUAACCACUCCCCAUCCCUGCUUUCAUUACUGCCUAUGCAAUUUACCACAACUAGUCACUAGGUUUAAAAAAAAAAAAAAGAAAGUCCUGGGCAUAGGGACCACAAACCUGAACCUCCCUCUUCCACCUGGCUGUCCUGACCAUUAAGCUAGAUUCAGGCCUCCUCCUGUGUUCUUUCUUCCUGGUCCCAUUAAUCUUGCAUCCUUUCUACAUCAACAGGAAGACCACAGUACACCACCACCCAGCCAACCCUGUAGUCUAAUCAUUAGGGCACUGUCAUGGGAGAUGAGAAUUGUGAGUUUGAAUGCCUUCAUACAGAGGAGAUCAAAGACCCUGGAUCUUCCACUUCCUGGGCCAUGCACAGUAAUCCAUUCUACACUGGUCUAGACAUGCCAUGUUUUUCCUCAAGCAGUGGGUGAGCAGCUACUGAAUACUUCUGUCAAUCCAUGUGACUACCAACAUGACCUGCACAGGAACUAGUGCCUGGAUGAGCUGACAGAAGCAAGCAGAGGCCAGUUUUUCUGCAUGAAAAGCUUUGGGAAAACGGAUAAGAAAAAUAAGAUAGAAAAUGUAGGGGAAAAAAAAAGACUAUGAGGUUGCUUGUGCAUUGAAAGAACUUUGAAAAGUGGGAAGAAAGCAAGGGAAAGAAGAAUGAAAAGAAGGCAGAAGGAUUAGAAAAAUUAUGUUGGUCAUGAUUCAAGGGGGAAGAGAAAAUAGGAGGUAAAAAAUUGGAGGAUGGGGUGCCAGGAAAAAAAAUUAAUCAGACUAUGGAACAGGAAACAUGCCACAGAGAAGAGGAGCAAGAGAACUAAAUCUGGCAUGAAGAAAUUAGGAAAAUAUGCAACAGAGGAAGAAGAGUUACUCUUCAGAGGAAUAAAGGAUCCUCAGGAUGCAGAGAAUAUAUGAGAGCAGCAUGGUAUAAUAUAAGGAAAUGAUGAAUGGGAAUGGGGUUGUAAUUAAUAAAUAAAUAUAAAGAAGAAGAGAAAUAAAUCACAAAUUAGUACCUUUCUUCAUUCAAGUCCCUACACUUUGCUGUACUGCCCUGGCUCAAAAGAGGAAGCUGAAAGGAAAGACAUGUCCCAGCUGUCCUUCAGGCUGGGGUGCAGUUGGAGAAUCUCCCAAAUGAUGGUGGCUCUGGAAGACACCACUUGUUUUUCCUUUUAAAAUACUGCUGUUACCCCCCCCUUCCAGGACUUGCACAUUAAAGUGCCUGAAUGUUUACUAAGCUAAGCUGUGUGUUUGUUUAAAAAAAAGUGGGGAUCUGGGGGAACAGGAGUGAAGCACAGACAACUGCGAAGGAGAUGAAGUAGACUGGAACUUUUAAAUAAGCCAAAAUAAAUUAAUUACCCAAUAUUUAUUCAAAUGUAGUAGGAUUUGGACAUUGCCUUACUUAAAUUCAGCUCACAAAGCAUAAAGUAGCUGAUUUGUUAUAGAGAUUUCACAGAGAAUAAAAUAAAUGGUAAUUAAACUAUAAUUUUUAUCAUGAGAUCAUAGGGGCAGGUGUUAUUUUCGACAAAGUAUUUGCUAAAUUGUUAGACUAGACCUCACCAGCUUGAGCUGAAACCUGAGCGGACUUACACCAGAGGGUCACAGCCAGAAUUCCGGUAAUGUGCAGACUUGACUGUUAUCAGUAAUCUUUUAGCUUUCCUUUGAAGGUAAUCUAACCAUCAGUUUAUUCGGAGGUGAGUAGUUUGUCUUACAGCUUCACAGAGAAAAGCGAAACUGUCAUUAGGGUAAAGUCUAACUGGCUGGUGUGUGUACGAACUGAUAUCUCAUCUUUUGAAGUAGAGCUGUAAGGGCUCACGGAAAGAAAAAUGACAGCUUCAGUUGAUCUUUUUGAACAUUUCCAAAAAAAAAAAGUAAUUAGCUUAAUCUCUGCUGCAUAAGUGGGACUUUUCCUAAACCUUUACAAUAUUCAAGAGGAAAUGCUUUGAAAGCAUUCACUUCACUUCCACAAAAUCUUGAAAUGAAGCUAACCUUAAAUAGUCUGACAGUACAAAUAAGGAGAUGAGACAAUUGUACUGAUUGGAGGUGAGGCAAAAAAAGACACCAUGUUUCAGCUUGCCCUGUUUGUAUGUCCUCUCUUAUUCUGAAGGACAUAGAACUUAAAUUUCAGUCAUUUAGCAUCUGUUUCAUCCAGGGUAAGUUGCUUUAAUUUAGCUCCUACUUACUGCAGGGUAGGACCAGGCACAUGAAAUGAUUGCUGAUGCAUUCUCACAAGCAGUAAGUCCUCUUUCCACUUUAAAAUCAGUGUAACUAUUAGAUACUGGACAGAUGAAUCAGCCAUUUUGGAGUAAGGAUGGCCACAUGAACAGGUAAAUGAAUCAGUUCAGAAAAAUUGAAAAGCUACCAAUGCUUCUUUUCAACUUUUGAACUACAUUUUUUGCAAUGUUCUAUUAAAACUGGUUGGGAUCUGAGGUCUGUAGAUCUUAGCCAUUCAAUAAAACACCUAAGUCCAUAUCAUACAAAUAAGAGGAGGAGGGGCUUGCCCACCCUUGCUCUCCUUCCGUCUAACAAGAAAGAGUGUUGAUUCCAAACCUUUCCAGCAACACACUCCUAGCCACCAUGGACGUUACCAGCCUAUACACCAACAUCCCACACCAGGAUGGCAUCCAUGCCUGCCUUACAUAUCUACAGGAACAAGAUUACAACCCAGAAUACAGACCCAAAGAUAUCACUGAGCUUAUACACUUCAUCCUCACACACAACAAUUUCACUUUUAAUAAUCAACACUUCCUCCAGAUGAUGGGAACAGCUAUGGGCACUAAAAUGGCCCCACAGUAUGCCAACCUUUUUAUGAGCCACCUGGAAGAAGACUUCCUCAAGAACUACACCAUCAAACCCUUGCUGUACUUACGAUAUAUCAAUGACAUCUUCAUCAUUUGGAGUGAUAACCUGGAAUCUCUAAUUGAGUUCCACCAGAAAUUCAAUAGUCACCAUCCCUCCACCCGACUUUCUUUAGAAUACUCCAACACCAACAUCCCCUUUUUAGACACAAUGAUCAGUAUCCAGAAGGGUAAAAUACAGACCACAGUAUACAAGAAACCCACAGACCAACAUACAUAUCUGCACAGAACCAGCAAUCACCCGAAACACACCAAAAAAGCUGUGAUAUACAGCCAAGCCCUCAGAUACCACCGCAUCUGUACUGAAGAGAACACCCGGGAUUGCCACCUCACCAAUCUUAAAAAGGCUUUCACCCAGCAAGGACACUCCUCCAGAGAGGUAGAUCACAUGUUUGAAAGAGCCACCUGGAUACCACGUGAAGAACUGCUGCUGUACAGAAGAAAAACACCCACAAAUCACACACCGCUGGUUAUGACCUAUCACCCAUCCCUUGAACCUGUACGGAAAAUCCUCAAAAAAUUGCAACCCAUAUUAGAAAAAGACCCUAUUCUUAAAAAGAUCUUCCCAGAGCCACCCAUCCUAGCCUUCAGACAAGCACCAAACCUCGCCAACCUUAUCACCAGAAGCAAAUUUCCUCAAGCCCAGAACACACCAAAAGGAUCCAGACCGUGCCAUGACAAGAAAUGCAAAACCUGCCAACACAUCUCCACCACCUCCACUAUUACUACACCCCACAACAGAGCCAUCAGCAUCCCAGGAUCUUACAGCUGCACCUCCAAGAAUGUAGUAUACCUCAUCCAAUGCACCAAAUGCCCUGAUGGAAGAUAUGUAGGAGAGACCAGACAACAACUGCACACCAGAAUGAACGCACACCGGAAAUCCAUCAAAGACAGAAACACACAAUUACGGGUGGGGGCACAUUUCUCACAGGAGGGCCACUCUCUCUCCAACCUCUCAGUCCUGAUCCUCAAGGGAAACUUACACAACACUUCCCAGAGACGAGCCUAUGAGCACCAUUUCAUCAACCUGCUGGAUACUAGAGAUCAUGGACUAAACAUAGACAUUGGAUUUUUGAUACAUUACAAUCUGCCUGGCAACUGACUCCCCAGCCCAGCCCAGCCCAGCCGCUGGCUUCUUUACUUUUCAUUCCAUCCAAGAAGAGCACACACCAACUGCUGAAGCUUCCUUAGCCUGACGAAGGGUUUUUGAACCCGAAAGCUUGCUUAAUAACUAUUCUCCAACCAUUUAGGUUGGUCUAAUAAAAGAUAACAAAUUCACCCAAGGAACCUUGUCUGCCUAGAUUCCAAACCUUGCGUCUUUUGU